AUGGCGGAACGUGGUGCGGUAUCUGAACAUGAUGUCAUCUCCAAGCUUCUGAUAAACUACUCCACCAGCGCACGGCCGGUUCAACACCCCUCGGACAUCACUACCGUCUACUUUGACGUGGCCCUGGCACAGAUUGUACAACUGUACCAGGACACGAAGGAGCAGGUACUGACAACGAAUCUAUGGAUACGCCAGUCGUGGACUGACAAGUUUCUCACCUGGAAGCCCGAAGAGAACGGCGGCAUUACUGAGCUCCACAUCAACAGUGAGACAAUAUGGCGGCCAGACACCGUCCUGUAUAACAGGAUCCACGACGAAGGUUGGUCGGCGACUCCGGAUACCAACGCCAUCAUCCAGCACACCGGUGACGUGUUCUGGCCAUAUCCGGUCACCGUCCGCAGCCCCUGUCUCCUGGACGUCAGCCUUUUCCCCUACGACGUCCAAAGAUGUCCGCUGGAGUUCGGCUCCUGGACCUAUGCGGAAAACAAGCUCGAAUUGGUGAACGUGUCGUCACAGGGAUUCACCGGAGAGUUCAUACUAAACGGAGAGUGGGAGCUUCUAUCCUUUGACGCAGACAUUCACAUCCACAGGAACCUUUCGGGGGGACAUUUUUCGACUAUUGAGUACACCGUAGAAAUAUCGCGUAGGGCACUGUACUAUAGCUACUACGUGGUGGGGCCGAGUGUUCUCCUUGGAAUAUUAGCUCUUUUGGGGUUUUGUUUGUCUUCAGGUACAGGUGAGAAGUUGGCCAUGAGCAUCACAACGCUGUUAUCACUGAUCGUCUUCUUCCAGCUGGUGAUAGACAAGCUACCUCCGACAUCAAUAAACAUACCGCUGAUAGGAAAAUUCUUCGGAGGUGUCAUCUUCUUGGUCACCCUGUCGUCGGUCAUGACCAUCUUCGUCCUCAGCCUGCAUUUCCAAGGUCCAAAAGUCAAACCCGUCCCACAGUGGCUCCGCUCCAUGUUCUUCAUGGGUCCUCCCAAGGUUUGUUUGUUUGUGCUGAAGGUCAAAGUCGUCAGGAAGGACGAUGAGAGCAAAGCGAAGGUCAACGGAGGUACUAAGUCAUCCAACCCUGACGUCACGGCGAUCUCGCGCUCUCUCGCGAGAAUUGAACAAUGCGUCGCCAACUUUGUAGAAGAUUACGAGAAGAAAUCUUUCACCAUGGGUUUACGUAAGGAGUGGGAAUUCUUGGCCAGACAAAUCGACAAGUGUCUCUUGGUGAUUUUUCUGCUCGCCUUUGUCGUCAUGACCAUUUCCAUGCUUGUCUCCGAUCUGGUAAACCCUAAUUACAAGUCGGCUACGGGUCACGCCCACUAG